GUUGCAAUGGGGAUUGUGGCUCAUCGGAUACAGUGGCGACAAUUGACAGUAAUGGAAACACUUGAUGGUAAGCAUAUACUCUGCAUGCUAUUAACUUUUCGCAGGCAUGGUCAUGCAACUCUACAUGUGAUCAAAAUGGCAAAGGGCUCUGGAAGAGCUGCCAUAAAAAUGUUCAUGGCAAAUGUGACACACACGGCCAUGGAGAUCCACUUCUUUUGGGCUGGAAAAGGGACCUGCUGCAUUCCAUUCCAAGCAACUUUCGGGCCACUAGUGUCAGCCAUACAUGUUUCUCUAGAGUUCUCUAGUGGUGGUUCGCCCUCGAAUAAUUACAAAAGACGCAUAGGAGAAGUUAUUGGUAUAGCUGUCAGAUGUGCAAGUGGACUACUGAUACCCGUAUCCAUUUUCUAUCUAUAG